AGACAUUAUCGGUCUGCUGUGCGUCUAAUCUUCUCCUUCUCUCUCUCUCUCUAUGGACACACACACACUCCUUCCAGCACCACCGAUCACCAGCUGAACGGCUGCGCAAGCUUACUUCACCGACAACUUCCAUCAACAAGAAUGAUGUCUGAAAAGGGGCAGAUAUAGAUGUGGGAGAAGAAAGCAAAUGGAUAUUGAAAGAGAGAGUGGAUCCGAAAAUCAGUUUAACACUAGCCUUUUGAUGGAUAGUGUGUGGACUAGCAUUCCUUGUAUUGAUCUGCUUGCACUUGCAGACGCCGCAGUCACCCCAAAUACCCCGAAUCAAAUGCCCAAUUCACAGGCUGGUGGAGUGAGGUACUUGUUUGACCUGAAUUCACCACCCGAGCCACAGCUGGUCACAAGCAUCUCAUCUCCCAAGCAAACCAGAAAGGCAGUGCGUAAGCGAGUGGUGUCUGAAAUACUAAAUUCUAAAACAGAUGCUGCGGUCAAUCUGGAACAGUUUAAGCCCAUUACGGAACAAUCAGAAGAUGAAAUUUGGCAAUUGGAGGUGAAUGAAGACGACUCUGAAGAGGAGGAAUCCAUUGUCGAUUUGAGUCUACAGAAUACACCACAACCAAAACCAAAAAGAAGAAAACAUAGACCCAAAGUGGUAAUAGAAGGUCAAUCCAAAAAGUCAACGACCCCAAAGUCUAAAACUUCUUCUUCAACAGGAACCAGGAAAAAUAUCACACCCGAAAAACCCACAGUUCGACCAGUUAGGAAUUCAUGUAGGAGAAAGAUAUACUUUGAAGACGAGUGGGUGUACGACUCACUAAGCCCUAUAACACCAAACAAAUCUGAGAUAGCAACGGGUGCCAAGGACACGUGUUCGAGGGCUAGACGUAAUCUAAAUUUUUCAAAAACCGCUCAUGAAAAAGAAGCUAGUAGUCUAAAUGGUUCUACCUGCAGUAGUAGUAGCAGUGAAGAAGAUGCAUCUUUGGAGGCGGCAUAUAUUACAAACUUUCCGGCUAUAUUUAAGAAAAAAAGAACCGAAAAGUGUUAUAAUAAUUCUAUCGCAUCCAAGGCAAUUUCAUCCAAAUGGUCUCAUGAAAUGUCAACAGUGUUGGAUGAUGUGGAGAUAUGUAGAAAGAAGAGAAGCAAGGGUCGAAAACGGGCUCGUGAGAUGGGUUCAUUUGCUAGAUUGUUCGAGGGUAAAAGUCCGUGGGUGUGCAUGGAAGCUCUUGCUGCUGCUGAUUAUAGUUUGAAUGUAUCAACAAAGAAACGAACCAAGAGAAAUUACUCUAUUAUGCUAUCUUCUUCAUAUCAGUACCAUUGGUCCCUCACUGAUCAUAUAGGUUUCCAUUCGAGAUGGAGAAGCAGAUACGAUAUCGAUGCACUCAUAAACCAAUUCGAGACGUUGUGCAUCAACAAUCAAACGGUGGAACCGGAACCGGACCAACAUGCACUUGUACCAUACUUAACAAGGUACCGAGAGAGGAACGGUCUUGUUUUAUAUAAUCAACACAACAGGGAUCUUGUUCCUUAUGAAGAUUCAGAUGAUGGAGCGAAAAUAAGGCAGCUGCGCCCUAAAGUUGAUCUUGAUGAUGAGACAAGUAGAGUUUGGAGGCUUUUGUUGGAAGAUAUUAAUAGUGAAGGCGUUGAUGGGACAGAUGAAGAUAACACAAAAUUUUGGGAAGAAGAACGAAGUGUGUUUAGUGGAAGAGCAGCUUCGUUUAUUGCAAGGAUGCACCUAGUUCAAGGUGACAGACGUUUCUCACGGUGGAAGGGGUCGGUUGUGGACUCGGUUAUCGGGGUUUUCCUUACGCAAAAUGUAUCAGAUCAUCUGUCCAGUUCUGCAUUCAUGAAUCUAGCUGCAAGAUAUCCUCUGGCACCGAAAAGCGGCAAUGAAGAAGCAUUUGAAGAAGAGGAUUCAAGCAUAUCUGUCAAAUUGGAUGUAGAAAAAACCAUAACAUGCCAUGAAGACGAAGAAAAAGAAGUUGAGGAUUUAGUUUCUUCAUGUCCAAACACCGCGCAGUCUUCAAUUUCCGAUACUAGUGUUGAAAGACUAGGAUCUUGGUUGGUAACCAACUCUCUAACAAAUGUUAAUAAUGAUAACAAACAUGAACAUAAGUGUGCAAGUGAGCAAAGUGAAAUAUCAGCAGAGAAUCAACAAAAGGAGAUUUCAGAAGUGACAGAGUCAAAUUCAAAUGAACAUGGGAAUUUUAAAGUAUCAGGUACUAAAGUGAAAAAGGGUAAAAAUGGAAAAGCAAAAAAGACUAAACGUGAUUGGGAUAGUAUGAGAAAAACUGCAGAGUUGAAAAAUAAAAGAGAGAGAUCAGGCAACGCUAUGGAUUCAUUGGACUAUGAAGCGGUAAGGCGUGCAGAUGUUAAUGAGAUUUCUGAUGUCAUCAAGGAUAGGGGUAUGAACAACAUGCUUGCACAGAGAAUUAAGGAGUUCCUGAAUCGACUUGUAAGAGACCAUGGAAGCAUUGAUCUUGAAUGGUUACGAGACGUGCCUCCUGACAGAGCCAAGGAGUAUCUGCUAAGCUUCAGAGGUUUGGGAUUAAAAAGUGUGGAGUGUGUACGGCUACUCACACUUCACCAUCUUGCUUUUCCAGUUGACACAAAUGUUGGACGUAUAGCUGUUAGACUAGGAUGGGUCCCCCUGCAACCACUUCCUGAGUCUCUUCAGUUGCAUCUUCUAGAAUUGUAUCCGAUUUUGGAGUCAAUCCAAAAAUACCUGUGGCCACGACUCUGCAAGCUGGACCAGAGAACUUUGUAUGAACUACAUUACCAGAUGAUUACAUUUGGGAAGGUUUUCUGUACCAAGAACAAACCAAACUGCAAUUCAUGUCCAAUGAGAGGAGAGUGCCGGCAUUUUGCAAGCGCAUUUGCAAGUUCUCGGCUUGCACUGCCAGCACCAGAUGAGAAAAGAAUAGUGACUGCAAAUAAAUCACAUGGUCAAAGUCAAAGCCAUACUAAUCAGCACACCCUAACUCUGCCUCCAGCUGAUCACCACGAAUAUGAGGAUAUCAAUCGUGACCCUAUUAUUGAAGUACCAGCAUCACCAGAGCCCAUAAUUGAAGUACCAGCAACACCAGAAGCAGAAAAGAUACAAGAAGAAUUCGACAUAGAGGAUUUUUGUGAAGAAAUUCCAAUUAUUAGACUUAAUAUGGAAGCCUUUAGUCAAAACGUCCAAAACUAUAUGCAAAAUAAUAUGGAAGUUGCAGAGAGUGACAUGUCAAAGGCCCUGGUUGCAUUAACGUCUGAAGCUGCCUCAAUUCCCACACCAAAACUAAAAAAUGUGAGCCAGUUAAGAACCGAACACCAGGUCUAUGAGCUUCCAGAUUCACAUCCUCUUUUGGAAGGGCUAGACAAACGAGAACCCGAUGAUCCUUGUUCAUACCUCCUUGCGAUUUGGACACCUGGUGAAACUGCAGAAUCAAUUCAGCCUCCAAAAGGACAGUGUAGUAGCUCCCAAGAAUCCGGUACACUGUGCCGCAAAAAAACAUGUUUCUGGUGCAACAGCGUACGAGAAGCAAAUUCCCAAACUGUAAGAGGGACGCUUUUGAUACCAUGUCGAACUGCUAUGAGAGGAAGCUUCCCACUCAACGGCACAUACUUCCAAGUUAAUGAGGUGUUUGCAGACCAUGAAUCUAGCCUAUGUCCGAUUGAUGUCCCGAGAUGUUGGUUAUGGAAUUUACCUAGAAGAACAGUCUACUUUGGAACUUCCAUACCAACCAUAUUCAGAGGACUUACGACACAGGGCAUUCAGCACUGCUUUUGGAGAGGUUUUGUUUGUGUGAGGGGAUUUGACCAGAAGACUCGUGCACCACGUCCUCUUAUGGCCAGACUACACUUCCCUGCUAGCAAGUUAAAAGCAUCAUCAAAAUUACACUCUUAAUGCUUUAUUCAGAUCAACCAAAUAUUUCUUCAUUUUCCUCUAAAUUGUGCUCAUAACUAGUAUUGUCUUACCUGCUUGCUUAGCAAACAAUUUGUCUCUCAUUCCAUACAUGCUAUUAGGGGAGAAUUUUUCUCAAUAAGACACAAAUCUGACAUGAAUCUAAACGGGUUUUGGUAGGGUUGUUGGCUAUGCUAUUUA